AUGGCGGCUCGUCCGCUGGGGAAGAUGCUCGGGAGGAUGCUCGGGAGCCGCCGCCUGCUCCUCCUGCUGCGCUCCCCGCUGCCGAGCGCCCGCGCUGCGCACAGAGGCACAGACACAGGCCCCCUCACUAAACAAGCUGAAGCGGCUGCUGGUACAGACUGGAAAAAAAAAUUGACUCCAGAGCAAUUCUAUGUUACACAAGAAAAAGGAACUGAACCGCCAUUCAGUGGGAUCUAUCUGAACAACACGGAAUCAGGAAUAUACUGCUGCGUGUGCUGCAAUGCCCCCCUCUUCAGCUCAGAGAAGAAGUACAAUUCUGGGACUGGAUGGCCAUCUUUUUCUGAGGCUUAUGGUACUUGUGGAAAAGAUGAAAGUAAUACCAAUAUCACAAGACGACCAGAUAAUUCACUGGGGUCAACUAGAACUGAAGUUGUCUGCAAACAGUGUGAUGCCCAUCUAGGCCAUGUGUUUGAUGAUGGACCCACACCUUCUGGACAGAGGUUCUGUAUCAACAGUGUCUCAUUAAACUUCAAACCAGGCUCUGGUCAGUGAGGAGUG